AUGCUGGAAAGCUCGCCGGACGGCGGCAGCGGCGGUGGCGGCCGCAGCCCUGGCCUGCCCAGCCGCCGCUCCACCCGCUUCGGUGAUGGGGGUGGCGGUGACGUCGCGCUGGACCCCCGUCACCUGGCCAUGCAGCACUCCGCUGCCAUGAGCCAGGCGCUGCCCCCGCUGCAGCUUGCGCGGCCAGUCGAGGGGGCUGCCGCCGGCGCGGCUGCAGCUGCUCCCGCGGCCGCACACCCUCAUGGUGUGGCCCUGCCGGGGGCGGCUGCGCUCGGCGCUUCGGUGCUGCCGCUGCGACCUGCUGAUGUGGCGGACCUGUCCGCUGCCGACGCGGCGGCGAUGCUGGUGGGGCUGCUGCGCGGCCGCUUCGACGUCGACGAAGUCAACGGCCUGCGCAUCGUCUCCAUGCGGCCGCCACCCGCUUCCAUUCUGCACCUACACGUUGUGCUUGCGCGGCACGUGGACGGCUGCGACGCGCCCACAGCAGUGCUGACCCUGCCCACCGGCGUCCCCGUGGCGCCUGUGCCUGCUGCGGCGGAGCUUGCGGCGGCAGGGCUGCCCAUUGUGCUGCUGGUGUCCCUCCCGACGGGCAAGCAAGCAGACCAGGCUGUGUCUGCGGCCCUCACCAUGCUGGCGGUGCUGCUGCUGCCGCUGCUUGUGAUGGUGGUCGAGACCCACGUCCCCACGCAGGCCCCCAUGGCCGCGGCCGCAGCCAGCGCACCGGCAAGCGUGCUGCCAGUGGGUGUGAUGGGGCAGCAGGAGCAGCAGCAGCAGAAGCAGAAGCAGCAGCAGGAGGAGGAGGAGGAGGAGGAGAUGGGGGCGAAGGCAAUGGUGGCGGACGCUGCGGUGGCGGGGGCGAACGCGGCGGCCGAUGAGUGGCAGCUGAGGCUGGCGGGCGGCGUAGUGCUCUCCGUCCCUGCCGCGCUGUGCCGUGUUCUUGUGGCUUUGUUCAAGCCGGACGGCCCGGGCAGCAUGCACGUGUCCAGGCUUGGGAUGGAGUAG